UCAGCUGGAGGCAGCAAUAAGCAGCGAGCAAAAUCUGCAGCGGAGAAGACAUAGAGGACGGGAGGGAGAAGAAAAACAAAAAAAAAAAGCUGCAGAUGUUAUGAUCUGAAAACAUCAGUGUAACAUUUUUACACGAAGCCCUUCUUCUGAGAAGAAAGCCUUUUAUUUUUGUAUAAUGGUGUUUUAACUACCUCACUCUAAGGCUACCUAAAGCUAUGCUUUAAAAAUUGUUGUCGUUUCUACUGUGUGUGAGAUCUCGUUUACAACUUGAAUAAUACCGCAAAGGCAGGCCUUUGCUCCAAACCAAGUGAAACCUUACAUUUGCACUACAGAAGCCUGUCCACUCCUGUUUGUCAAAACCGAGAUCCAGCAAAGGGCUUCAAGUGAAAAAAAAAAAAAAAAGAGAGACUCAAAAGAUCAGACAAAGAAUUGCAUAAAAUUGCAACAAGCGGUACAUUAACAGAAAUAAGAUAUUCAAAAAGGCAGCUACAGCUUUUUCUUUGUGGACAACAAACAUCAAGCAAGUCAUCAGCACUUGACAGUACAAGCAGUCAUGUUUCAGCGUCUGAGCAACCUGUUGUUUGGGGAGGUAGAAGAGGUGGCAGCUGAGCUGAAGGGACCCAACCCCUGUGUGACGGAGGCCGACGAAGAGGGAUGGAUGCUUGUCAAUCUGCCUGGAGAGUCUGACUACAUGAUGCAGACAGAGGAUGAGACGGGAGCCCCACUGAUUGCACAAUCAUUCCCAGACAGUAACCUAUCACAUCAUCAAGACACACAAACAAGGACUGAAUGCCCAGCCCCUAUUCCCCACCUAACUCAGAAGCGCCGUAGGACACAUAAAGGUCAGGCACGAGUUUCCGUAGCAUCAUCAGACACCCUGUCUUGCCCCGAUGCUAGCCCAUCAGACUUGGGUACCACUUCAACCGUGACCCUGCCAAGGCGGGCCAGACUGUCCACGCCCUCCACCACCCCGUCGAUGUCCCCUGGCUCUGGGAGUGAGUGUGGGGGCAGUGGGGGUAGCAGUAGGGCAGGCUCAGAGAGAGGCUGCAUGGAUGAGAGCUGGUUUGUCACCCCUCCCCCCUGUUUCACUGCAGAGGGAGCCACAGCAGAGGCCAGCCCGAUGGAGGACCUGCUCAUCGAGCACCCCAGCAUGUCUGUGUACGUCUCCCCGAACAACUUGUCCAUUGUCUCCAACAGCAACCUGUCUGUGGUGGGAGAGGAAAGCAUUGUCAGCCUGGCGAGUAGCGUGAGCAGAGUGGCUGAACCAGCUACUGCCCCUGCCACCUGCAGCACUAUGCCCACCAGGGUGACCCGUGGAGCAGCUGCCCAGGCUGGAGCUCUGGCCAAGGUCACCCAAGUGGCCAGGGUUCAGCGUAGCAAAGCCCGCAUCGAGAGGCGCCAUCUGGGCCGCAACCGCAUCCAACGCCAAAACCGCACCAGGGAGCAGGUCCCUCGCUGCGCCGCCCACGCCAGAAACACCUUCCUUCACCAGCCCAGCAAGCGUAACUUCUGCCACUAAAUCCCCGAGCAACCCGGGGGUAUCAUUUACUCUAAGGGCAUUAGACACACACCCAAGACACCUACAGCAUAUUUGCUCUCAUUUCUGCACAUUAUAUCACAUUAACUCAGAUACCAGUAGACCAGUAGCUCUUAUGUUUUGGUUUAUACACAAACUAACUCCACCUGGUAGUUUUUAUGCCGCAUUCUGCUGAACCAAGCCCUCUGAGUAGAUAUGUGUAGAUCUUUAUUAUACUUAUUGUCCAUUGCAGUAUCCAAGCAACUAAAAAAAAAUCUUCAAAAUAUUGACACAGGUUAUGCUUAGUAACAGUAAUGUCUGAAAAAAAAUAAAAAAUUUAGCACUAUUAAUUAUCUUUCCUUUCUUAGUAAAAUUUUUUUUUUCUUCCACUAUCCCUCAAGGCAUGUUUUUUUUUUUGAUUCAACCAUUACACCCCCUAAAUACUAUACUGAAUUUGGAGGUAAUGAUUUGAAAUUGAAAUAACCAAGUAUACUUUACUCUUUAAUGAGGGAACAGACUUUUCUGGUGAAAACAACGCAAAACGGAGACAAGUUAAGUCUUGGCAUCUUUUCAAUGAAAACAACUCAUAGUUUCUUUGGUGCUUUAAAUUAAAGGGGAUUUCUAUCAAAAUAUAACGUCAUUUUUAUUUAGAAAAGGUGGAUGGAUAUACCGUGUGUGACGAGGGUUAGAGGAAGAUCGCUGGACAUUUGUUUCUCUCCAGUUUGGUUUGCCAACAAGCAAAGACCAAGCCUAGGAAACAUGGCAUCUCGUUUCAUCAUAGGAAACAAACUGUUGUGAGAUUUCUCUCUUCUCACUUUGUGAAGGUUGAGAGCAAGUAGAAGAUGGUGAAAGUAUGAGCAAAUCAGACUAAAGAGUAAAAGAAAUGACAUGUUGAAUUAAAACUAGAUAGUAGUAAAAUGAAUGGGGUUAAUAUUAAAUGGUCAUAGGAACGUGUUAUGUAACCCUCAGAACAGCCUUUUAAUGAGUGAAAUUCAACAUCAAGCUCUAUUGGAUAGCAUUUAGAAAAUGGCCCGUUUUUAUGUGUCUCUUUUUGUGCAGAUGAAAAUAGGUGUUAUGGGCAGCCACAGAAUGCCUUUGAAUGCAGUGAAAGCAUGCAGGGCUGGCCUUUGGGUUGCAGGGUAUGGCAGGUUAUAGUAAGUAAAGAGCGGUAUUGAUGGUAACUCUUUAUUUUGUUUUGUUACCCUGUUUUCUGCUCAUUUUGUCCUGUAAAUUGUCAUAUUAUUUCACGGUCUCUCUCUGCGUUGUUCCGGCAAAGAAAGAAAAGAAAGCCUGUUCCUGUCAGACAAAGAGAAAGUACGCAUUUGGCUUUUAAAGCCAACAAAUUACAAAAAUCACUUCCUAUGGAUCAUAUACAGCAUGGUGAUCAUUAAAUGUGUGGUCUGUAAACUAAUUUGCCCAGCACACAUCAGUCACGUUCAUCCACAGUGUGUGCUGUGAUCCUAUGUUAUCCAUGUCAACACCAAAAGAAAGUACGAUCUAUUUACACAUUAGUCCCUUUCGUUAAAAAAAGUCACUGACUUCCAACAAUGAUAUUGUUGGGGGAAAUGAAAGAGUUAAGUAAGUAAAAAUCUCCUUAGAGCCCAACAACAAGCAUCUUCCCCUUACAUCUUGCUUAUGGACGUGCGACACAUUUCUUUCUAACAUCUAUUCCCUUACUGUCUGUCCAGUUCUCGUUAGCACAUGCAGCUCUAACAGUGUCCACUCAAAAAUCUAGCUUACUGAUAUAUGUUCAACAACAAUAGUAAACAAUGGUGCUGAAGUGUAUACUAAUGUUUGUAAAUUAUUUGAGACAUGGAUGUAAGUUUGCACUGUCACACAUUUUGUGAGUUAAAGUUUUAGCAGUGUGCUGUGUGCUUGUUUUAUUUUUGUUUUUCUUUUGUGAUUAUUUUUUUCAUUUUCAUUUUGUUUUGAUUCAAACUGUGUGUGAGAAGGUGUACUGACACGUUUAAUGCUAGAAACUCUUAAAAAAAAAAAACAUGUAUAAUGGUCGUUUAUUUCUCUUGUAAAUAUAACAAAACAAUUUAUAACGCUUCGUUAGAUAUCAAAGCCUCUCAGGAUUGGAGUCCGCAACGUUGUGUCCAGUUGGACUGAUGAGAAUCCUCUCUCUGCCUCACCUCUGUGCUCAUUAACAAACCAAGAGGGCAUUUCAGUAGCCAAAAGUGGUGUUUUUGCCCCAACUUCAGUCUCAUCUUGUUGAUAUGCACCAGACAAGCAGCACUAGACUCAGAGUUGAUGUGCCAAAGGCAAACACUGCCCUCCAGAGGGUCCACUUAGCACAGCAUUUGCUGGAUGGAUGCUGGUGAGGAUACAGUACAAUGACAUGAUUUUAGUAGCCUACAAUCUGUACUGGUGUGUUCAAAGGACUCAUUGAGAGUCCGGGGAUUCAUUCGAAUUGAAAAUGGAUAUGUCUUUUUUCAUUUGGAUCAUCUAGAUAAAUAAGAUAAAUUAUUUUCCCUUGAAUCACAUAACACAUUUUUUUUUCAUUCCUGCAAAUAUUCUUGUCUCUGUUAAUUUAUAAUAUAAUUAUGAAUAUUAGAUUUAUUGUUUUCAAAGAUUACUAUUUUGUAUCCUUUUGAUUCUUCUGAACAGUGAAGGGAUUGCAUCUGAGGUGAUGAGUCUAAUAUGUACACACACACACACACACACACACACACACACACACACACACACACACACAGAGUGAUCUCUUCCUCUUACCUUAGAGGCUUACUAUUCUGAUUUAACCUCAAAGGUUGAAUUUUGUUUGCCUGUUGUUAAAAAAAAAAAAAAAAAGUAGGUACAGAGCGAAAACAGGGUAUUAAUGAGAGAUCACAGGUGGAUGUGUGUGCACAAAAUGUAAAGAUCAUUACGGAUACCUCUGCCGCUGCAAACCUGUCCUGUUUUCCUCAAUUUUUAUUUCUUCCUUUUCUCACCAGCGUCAUGUAAAAAGGCAACGUGUUCUCAGUAUGUCGUGUGUAAUUACUGAAAGGUGUGGUUUAAGAGUAGAAGGCAUCCAAUAGUGAAGGGAGGGAGUGGUCACCCAAUGUAUGGAGCCUAUAUGGCAUGGGAGAUGUGGGCAGGGAAAGGAUGAGGUAGGAGAAAAAUAGUUUAUAUAUUUAAAAAAAAAAAAAAGAAACUAAAUGUA